GGGUCGGGCUCGGCUGGGCCGGCGACAUGGCCGUGGUGACGGGUGUGUGCCCCCUCGGGUGACGGGGCAGUCUGGUUGCGGUUGUCGGCGGGCACAGUGGUGAAAGUAGUGUCGUGCAGCGUAUUGGUGUGUGUCAGUGUGCUUUUGAGUUCGAGUGCGUUGGAUCGUCGCGUGUCGACUCGUCUGCCGAAUAGCAGCCCGUGGUGCAGUGGGGCGAAGCGCGGCGAAGCGCGGCGAAGUCCUAUCCUCAUCUCGCUAAAGGCGCGUAGGCGCGCGAGGCCGAGGCCGGAUUCAGGGUGGAUCGCCAAAGCCUGCUGUCGGCGAGGACGAGGAGGGAAUCCUCCACGUCCUCCGGGAGCGAGGCUCCGCCGGAGGCCGCGGCCACCACCACCUCCGAGUCGCGCCGGUCGCGGGCGCGGCGCAGGGCGAGGGCGCGACUGUCGAGCAGCCAGAGGCGCUGCUGCCGCUGCCUACUGAUCGCGUGGCACGCUCUGCGGGGCUCGCUGGCCUUCACGUGGGACGCCUUCGCGCACUGGUGUGUCCAGCAGCAGCGCGCCGAGGAGCACGCCCGGGAGGGUCGUGGCCUCGUCCGGUCGUAGUGACGAGCUAGGCCAUGGCCUCCAGCCUCGUGGACCUGGUGUGGUCCAAGGUGACGAACCACCCGCGCCUGGCGGGGUUGUGCGCGCUGCUGCUCGCCCUCAAGGUGUACUACAAGCUGACGACGGGCCGCUGCCGCAGCCGCCGCCGGCUGGACGGGCUCACCGCCGUCGUCACCGGGGCCAACUCGGGCAUCGGCAAGGAGACGGCGCGCGACCUGGCGCGGCGGGGCGCGCGCGUCAUCAUGGCGUGCAGGAACCUCGCCAAGGCCGAGCGCGCCCGCGAGGACAUCGUGCGCACCACGGGCAACGAGGACGUGCACGUGCGGUCCCUGGACCUCAGCCGCCUGGCGUCCGUGCACGCCUUUGUCGACGGCUUCCUGGAGACGGAGGCCGGGCUGCACAUCCUGGUGUGCAACGCGGGCAUGCCGGGGAACAUGGGCAAGAAGUCGCAGGACGGCAUCGACCUCUGCGUGCAGAUCAACCACCUGGGCCACGUACUGCUCACCGUCAGGCUCCUCGACCUGAUGAAACGGUCUGCACCGGCCCGGAUCGUGUUCGUGUCGUCCAUGAUGCACGCCUUGUACGCCAAGCUGGACGUGGAUGACUUGUGCCUCGAGAGCCUGUUCCCUUACGAUCACUUCGUGGCCUACUCCAACACAAAGCUGUGCAACAUCCUCACCGCCAACCACCUGGCUCGGCUGCUGCGGGGGACUGGCGUGACUGUCAACAGUUUGCACCCUGGAGCUGUCCUCACUGAAAUCUGGGACAGGACGCCCAAGUUCUCUAGAGGCAUCAUUAAGGCCAUCUUACGCCUCUUUAUGAAGGAUGCAGAGGAGGGGGCGCAGACCACCAUCCACCUGGCCGUGUCUGAGGACGUGGAGUACGUCUCGGGGAAGUACUUCUCGGACUGUAAGGAGGUCCUUCCCUCGGCCGCCGCGCAGGACGCAGACCUCGCCCGAGUUGUGUUUGAACGAAGCUGCGCCAUCCUCGGCAUACCCCUGCCCACAUCCCCUAGCAGGCUGUAGAACUCGGUAGAACACCUCCGCUAAGGCGCGACCGUCGUUUGCCCCAGUCCAGUCAGUGAUGAAAGAAUGUCGUUGCUGGAUGUUAAAACGAAAUCAAGUGCCGCUGCGACAUAUUGAAACAACACCGGUGGACUGCGACGUUCCUACAUCGUUACGGUGUCGCUGUGAAAUCUAUUUCUGGCUGGGGAAAGUGAUCCUCCCUCGACGCCAACUCAAUUCCCCAUUCACCUUCUCUGUGGGUCGUUCCCCUGAUCACCUAUGCAGAUGGGCGUGAGAACUGGAUGAGUUGGUGCGCGAAUAGGUAAAUUGUCGUACUUAAAAAGUGUCACAAAUUUAAUAUAAAAAGUUACAAAUCAAUUUGGUAAUUACACAUGGUUUUCAGUUUGUCCAGUAGUA